AUGUCUGCAAACAAUGUCUCAUCUGGGUUUCUUUCAUUUCGUGAUUGCUCGAGUUUAGAGUAUCUAGAUUUAUCAUCCAACAAGUUUUCUGGUGACAUAUCUGGUUCUUUAUCGUCUUGCAAGCAUCUCAGCUUCCUUAAUCUCACUCAGAAUCAGUUCGCCGGCGAGAUACCAUCUUUUCCGGUGGACAGGAGCCUCCAGUUUCUGUAUCUAGCCACCAAUCAUUUCCAAGGUAGGGUUCCUCCACACCUCCUCAAUCUAUGCCCAAUGCUCGUUGAACUGAAUGUUUCCGGUAACAACCUUUCCGGUGCCGUUCCCGACGGCUUAAAAUCAUGUUCUUCGCUUCAACUACUUGAUUUCUCCCGAAAUAAUUUCUCCGGUGAGCUACCCAUUGAAACCCUUUUGGAAAUUAGUAACUUGAAGACAUUGGUGUUAUCUUUCAAUGAUUUCAUCGGUUUCUUGCCGGAAUCUUUCUCAAAAAUGACCAAUUUGGAGACUUUAGAUUUGAGUUCCAACAAAAUCUCCGGCGGAAUCCCUUCUAGAUUAUGUCAAGGUACAACUACAAGCUUAAAGGAGUUGUACCUUCAAAACAAUUGGUUCACGAGUCCAAUACCUUCAACUCUCAGCAACUGUUCUCAACUGGUUUCUCUUGACCUGAGCUUCAAUUUUCUCACCGGAGAAAUCCCUUCAAGUUUCAGGUACUUAUCGAAGCUUCAAGAUUUGAUUAUCUGGUUCAACGAAUUGGAAGGUGAAAUCCCACAAGAACUCAUGUACAUUCAACCUCUCUAG